AUGGCGCAAUUGAACGUACCACUUCGUAUAAUUGCUCAACCAAAAGCAUCAUAUCGUGAAAGAUAUUCAUGUGAAAUAGGUGAUCGUAAUCGAUCACAACGAUAUAUUCAUGCUGAAAAUAAUUCAAAUCAUUUGAACUAUCCAACAAUAGAAAUACCAAAACAAUGGAAUAGUCCAAGGUUAUAUAUUCGUGUAACUUUAGUCACCGUAUGUAGUGAACAAGUGCCUGUGGCAUACAUACAUCCUUAUCCAAUUGAUACUUCAGAAUUAAAUGUUAUAAAAGACAUAGAAAGAAAUACACUUUAUUUUCCAAUAUUAGAAGAAGAAUUAAAUCAAGAUCGUAAAAGUUUUCGAAUUAUUCGUAAAAAAUUAACUCAACAUGAAUUAAGAAAUUAUGGACAAUUAUGUCCUUUGAAUAAAGAUGAAAAAGAUAUUCUAUGUACAGAUAAUCCACUUGAUGUUCGAAGAAUAAUUGAUAUUUAUCAAUUAGGAAAAUCGCAAUUACUUUUUUCUCUAGCUGAACUAGUACAUGAUGAUCUAUUACCUUCUAUCUAUGAUGAAACAUCUAUAUAUUCUCAUAUAAUGACUGCUAAUACAACAACACAUAUAAAUAAUAAUAAAUCAUUUGUUAGAUGUGUACCGACGAAAGGUCAUUGGAACGGUGGUGAUGAUAUUUUAAUGAUUAUUCCGAAACUUGAUAAGAGAAAAAUAUGUCAAGUAUAUUUUGGAUGUUCGUCAUUAAAUAAAAAACGUCGGAUUCAUUUCGAAUUUGUAGACAUGAAAACAAUUAUAUUCACAACUCCACCAUGUCCUAUACAAUCUACUGGAAAUCAAAGUAUAGAAAUUCCUAUAGUUGUUAGUCAAAGUGAUGAAGAAAUUGCACGUGUUAAUUUUCUCUAUCAAUCAUAUAAUCAAUGUUCGAAUUGUAAUAUUGGUGCUAUGUUCGAUUGUUUCAAAUCAUCAAAUAGUGAUGGACAAUCUUCAUCAUUAGAUUUCUGUUCAGAUGAAAUUGAUAUUUUCUCUGUAUGUUCAUGA